UCAACUGCAAAUAUCAGCAAACACAAACGUACCCAUUACAAACCGUGGCGCGCAUGUUUCUUCCAAUCUGUGGCUAAGGAUACAUUAACAUUGUCUUUACAUGUGUUUGCAUACAAUGGAAGUAAAUGGAGAACAAGAUGAAUUAAUGCUCCAUGUUGGCGACGAUUUGUUCGCUGAUACAUUUUCUGAUGAUAGUGUGUACACUUUUGUCGGUCAAGAAUUAAAGAUCAGCCAGGUGUUCAGCGCGAACCUCGGCGUGGCUGCGCCUGUUUGGGACGCUGCGCUUCAUUUAUGCCGCUAUUUUGAGGAAAACUCACUUAGCUUCGAGGGAAAGCGCAUCAUCGAGUUGGGUGCAGGGACUGGCAUUGUUGGAAUACUGGCAGCACGAUUGGGAGCGUAUGUGACCUUGACGGACCUCCCGCUCGCUGUCCCACAACUACAAAGCAACCUCUCUGCGAACAUGCCGUCGUUUGGCUGGCCUUCUGUCACUCCCUCUGUCCUUCCUCUCUCAUGGGGCCAGGACCAGCAUAGCUUUCCCUCAGACUGGGACCUGGUGCUGGGUGCAGACAUUGUGUACCUCGCUGAGACCUAUCCCCUCCUGAUGGACACACUUGUUCACCUGUGUCAGGGCGGGGCCAUGGUGUACCUGUCUUCCAAGAUGAGAGGAGAGCACGGGACACCUGGCUUCUACAGAGACACUCUGCCUCAGAGAUUUCAUGUAGAGCUGGUGCACUGUGACCCCACGCAGAACAUUAACAUCUACCGUGCUGUUCUGAGGGGGAAGCAGUGACAGGAACGAGACCCAAUUGGACUUGGAAAAGACCAACACGGUGCCUGACUGACUGUCAGUCUAGAGGGAUCCCUCUACACAUCCUUCCUGAGAAAAAUUACAUGACUAUUGCCAGAACACAUACAGUGCAUCCUUAUGGGUUAUUAAGAUCAGGGAGAAAAAGACAAAUAUUUACACACAACAUUUUGCUGCGCAGAUGCUGGAUACCAAAGAAAGUGUACCCAAAAUAGGUAUGAAUGUUUGGACGAUCUAGUAACAGAUUAAAAUAUACUUUAGGGGGCAGAAAAAGCAAAAGGGGUUUAAUUACUUUGAAUAUAUUGUUUAUACCAUAGGCUUAAAUACCUUUUUUAGUCAACAUCGACAGAUUUUGCCCCCAGUCCCCCUCCCUUCGUCUGUGUGUACUUCAUCCCCUCACUCUCCUGUUCUCUGCUGAUGUACAGGGUUUUUUGUUCACAAAAGAAAAGCCUGUUUGUUCCGCUGAAGAGUUUCAAAGAAAGAGAGCCCGGCUGUCCUCCCUCCAUCUCUCCCAGUGCUGUGGCUAACCUGACAAAAGCAACAGAUCCCUAUCUGUUUUCACCAUCUGCUCUCCACCAGUGGUCCACAGGGUCCCCACACCAGUAACCAGCACUCAUUGUGUUUUUAAUAACCUUUUGACUAACAUUGAUAUAGAUCUAAAUUGUUACAAUGCCCAGUGCGAUUUGGACAAAAAUUAACAUCUGGUGCAGCACGAAAUAUUAUAUGCAUUACUUUACAAUGCCAGCUGUGCCUUCAACCAUUUUCUAAUUGAAAAACAACAUAGCUUUUUGAGACGCAACACAUAAGACAACGUUUAUACAGAAAACCCCAUAUAAUUUAACUUAUCUCUCAGAGAAAAUGACGCAAACUACAGACAGUGAGCAUAGUUGGCUUUACCAAUCCCGCUAAAGGAAGUAAAACCAAUACCAAGAGAUGGAGGCUGGGAUGGAUUGUGGCAGUUAGAAAAGUUAAUAUACUAGAAGGCAUCCAGCAACAGAAUAGAACGUAUGAGUCUAAUCAAUCAUCUUAAACUGACAAGUUGUUUGUUAGUAAGCAGUGGUGUGUUGUGUACACAGGUAGGCUACACACUAUAUACCCACCUUGGGGUAUACACACCUUGUCUAUCAUGAACUAUUACCAGUUUGCUAAAAUCUGUUAAAUCCUUUCCAGAGCUCCAUAAUUGAAUUUGGUGUUGGGGUCAAUUUUUGAUUGGACCAUCGACAUUGUCGACACCUUAUCACAACAGAUUUUCCGCUCAUUGAGGAAAGAGGAUUUAGAAUUAACUUUUCAAGCUGGUUUCGUGGACACCGAUUUUGCCUAGUCCUGGACAAAAAAACCUCAAAAGUCAAUGGAGGUUCCAAUUGAGCUUGAUUUUUUUUCCCAUUGAGCUGGAUAUUUUUAGUCUAGAUCAAGACUAAAUCUGUUUCUGCAAAACCAGCCUUUAGAGGUGAGUCAGAUACCUUAAAAGUGUAGGCAUAUGAUAUGAAUUAAUAACCGCAGUUUAGGGUGUUAAAAGUGUUGGAAGUUUUUUCAAAUUUUUAGCACACAUUAGCCUUCACUUAAAUAAUGAAGAAUAUGCACACUUCCAGUCAGAUGUAAAAUUAUUUAAUAGUUGAGCUAUCUGUCAAAUGACCUUCCUCAGAAAAAGACAUGGUUAUUUUCCUGAAAUCUCAACUAUUAAAGACAUUUGGAAUAAUGUGCCUUCAUAUCACCUCUUUGGUGAAACUUGCACUCAUGUGGGUUUAGAGAUUUUAAACUAAAUGGUGACUCGUCAAAAGUUGUUUCAAAAUGUUUUACUCAACAUGCAAAUAAAAAAAGCAAUACAAGGA